UCAUAGACCAUUUUCCGUCCAAAAACACACAAACCCUUAUUAAGCUUGGCUUCUUCUUCCGAUCACCGACAAGAUCAUGAAGCGUGUCGACAACAGGAAAGAUACCACGACGCUCCCCGUCGUGACCCGUGACGAGGAAGGCAAGAAGAGGGUGGAGAAGGUGGAGGUGGAGGCUCACAGCGUGGACACCCUCAAGCACAUCGAGAGGAAGCUGAUGGACAAGGGCGUGCAGCGGAUGGAGCGCCAUCCUGCCGACGGCCUUGGCGGCAUCAGCCGCCUGCCGCCCAAGUCCGGCCACGGCGGCAAGUACACGUGGGAGGGGCCAGAGGACCCGGCAGAGAGCGAGCUGGCUCCGACGCCGCCGGCCAUCGAUGAGAGGGACCCGAACUACGUGGACGAGGAAGCGGAGGAGAAGGCGACGCGAGGGGAGGACGGGGAGGUGGCCGAGCUGGUGGUGGGGGAGGUGGAGGUGCCCAAGGCUCGCGAGGUUGGGGUGGCUAGGGUCGACGUUGAUUCUCGCUUGCAGGUGGACCAACAUGAGGAUUGAGAAUGAGCCUAUAGCUGCCAUUAGAGACUGGGAUUGUAUAUGUUUUAACAAUUAACGUUAACAUUCUCCACUAAUCCCAUCUUAUGUUCUUAAGUAAUGUCUUUGGGAUUCCUCUUAUGAUGUAAUGUUUCAUUUUGCUAGUGUCUUCGAUUGGCACGAGGAUAUUGGAUUUGCUUUUGCUGUGUCCAAAACAGGCCAAUCGUUAUCCGAGAGAAAAUUGAAAGUUUCAGCAUAGUA